AAUUUACAUUGUUUAAUUAAUUUAAAGUAGUCUAUGACAAUAGAGACUCAGUCAUUUGCAUGAACUCUACUACUACUUACUCCGACAUCUCUUCAUGUAUAAAUAUGCUAGAAUAAUUUAUAGUAUAAAACAGUCUCAAAGUAUCUACCUUUGUCUCUACAUUAUCUUAUCCUAUAACUCUCUAUUAUCAAAACAUCACACGCUACAAGCGCGACGUUACCAAAUACCACCACGACGAGUGGACUAUCGCUGAAGAGAUUAAUAAAUCCUUCAUCCCAAAACUCAAACAUUACACUGUGGACACGACUCAAGUCGUUAACGCUCACUACAAAGGAGCAGAAAUCAGUAGAUUACACGGAAGAGCAGCAACUGAAAUCUUCGAACAACUCUCAAUUAUUAAAGCUGGAGAAAUUUCAACAGCAGAAGCACACCAACUUUUGGACGAAGCCAUCGAAAGUGCCAGAAGACUUGCGACUCAUGCCUAGUUCCAAGGUAAGCAGCAUGAUGAAGACGCUAAAGACUACGCCAUUAGAGCACUUAACUUACCCCCCAGUCUUAAACACUUGGAAACUAAAGACUCGGGCAGCAAACGAGAAGCUUUUGAUGACGAAUUUAUUGCCAUGUACAACGAAACCAACUAUCAACGAGUGCUUCGAGCAGCUACCAUCAACCCUUCCAAUGGACGAGGUCGAGGAGGAUAUUCAAAUUCCUCAAGUUGGAACAGCAAUAGAGGAGGAGGACGUGGUUAUUUUGGCCGAGGAGGACCAAAAAACUACUUUGGAGGAAGGGGACGUGGGAACCCAACCUUCUACAACAACAACAACUUCUCCAACAAUUCUCACAGUACAACAUCAGCAGACCACACAACCACGAGACCUCCCAGUCAACAAUAACGCAAAAGUGUGUACAAGUACCACAAAUCAAGGAAUUAUCAGCACCACAACAAUUACAACAACAUCAAUAAUUCUACAGGAUCUAGCAAUUCAAAUUCAGGACUUAUGCAACAAAUAUCAACAACUACAGGUUACAGAAUGGUGUGACAAAGAAAAUGCUCAGUUUUUUGAACGCGAAAACUAGACAAUCAACUCACAAAAUAUACGAUAAUGGAUGGAAACUAUGGAUUUCAUUGUGUCAACAACAACAACCUUUGUACGAACCGUUGAAAUACGAUGAGCAAACCGUGGUAUAAUUUUUAUUAGCCUACAAGGAUUAUAGUAGUACACACUUGAACACUUUGAGAUCAUCAAUCGCUUCAGUUUUCUCCGUAAUCCAUAGUGACAAACCACCAAUCGCCGAACAACCAUUAGUCAAAGAAUUUUUCGCAGCUAGACGAAAUUUGGAAGUUCGAAUCCCUACGGAACAACAAUCAACAACAUGGGAUGUACAUAUGCUAGUAGACUACAUUAAAAAACAUCUAUCACCAACAGCCGAUCUCAGUCUUGAUCAACUGCAAUUGAAAACAAUUUUAUUACUAUGCAACCAUGUAGCGUC